UGCCUCCAGAAAAACCCAAAAAUUUGAGUUGCAUUUUGAAUGAAGAUAAGAAAAUGAUGUGUCAGUGGGAUCCUGGAAGGGAAACAUACCUGGAAACAAACUUCACUUUAAAAUCUGAAUGGGCAACAGAGAAGUUUGCUGAUUGUAAAACAAAACGUGGCACCCCUACCUCAUGCACUGUUGAUUAUCCUCCUGUGUAUUUUGUCAACAUUGAAGUCUGGGUAGAAGCAGAGAAUGCACUUGGGAAGGUUACAUCAGAUCAUAUCAAUUUUGAUCCUAUAGAUAAAGUGAAGCCCAUUCCACCACGUAGCUUAUCAGUCAGCAACUCAGAGGAACUGUCUAGUAUCUUAAAAUUGACAUGGAUCAACUCACAUAUUGCGAGUGUUAUGAGACUGAAAUAUGACAUUCAGUAUAGGACCAAAGAUGCUUCAACUUGGAGCCAGAUUCCUCCUGAAGAUACAGCAUCCACCCGAUCUUCAUUCACUGUCCAGGACCUUAAACCUUUUACAGAAUAUGUCUUUAGGAUUCGCUGUAUGAAGGAAGAUGGUAAAGGAUUCUGGAGUGACUGGAGUGCAGAAGCAAGAGGGAUUACAUACGAAGAUAGACCAUCCAAGGCACCAAGUUUCUGGUAUAAGAUUGAGCCAUUCCAUACUCAUGGCUAUAGAUCUGUACAACUCAUAUGGAAGACAUUGCCUCCUUUUGAAGCCAAUGGAAAAAUCUUGGAUUAUGAAGUGACUCUCAAAAGAUGGAAAUCACAUUUACAAAAUUACACAGUUAAUGACACAAAACUGACAGUAAAUCUCACAAAUGAUCACUAUAUAGCAACUCUGACAGCAAGAAAUUUGGUUGGCAAAUCAGAUGCAUCUGUUUUAACUAUUCCUGCCUGUGACUUUCAAGCUACUCGCCCCAUAACGGAUCUUAAAGCAUUUCCCAAAGAUAACAUGCUUUGGGUAGAAUGGACUGCUCCAAAAGAAUCUGUAAACAAAUACAUACUUGAGUGGUGUGUGCUAUCAGAUAAAUCACCCUGUGUUCUAGACUGGCAACAAGAAGAUGGUAAUGUGCAUCGCACCUAUUUAAAAGGGAACCUAGCAGAGAGCAAAUGUUAUUUGAUAACAGUUACUCCAGUGUAUGACAAUGGACCAGGAAGCCCCGAGUCUAUAAAGGCGUACCUUAAACAAGCUCCACCUUCCAAAGGACCUACUGUUAGGACAAAAAAAGUGGGGAAGAAUGAAGCUGUCUUAGAGUGGGACCAGCUUCCUGUUGAUGUUCAGAAUGGAUUUAUCAGAAAUUAUACAAUAUUUUAUAAAACCAACAUUGGAAAUGAAACCGCUGUGAAUGUGGAUUCUUCCCACACAGAAUAUACACUGUCCUCUUUGACUAGUGACACUUUGUAUAUGGUACGAAUGGCAGCAUACACAGACGAAGGUGGAAUGGAUGGUCCAGAAUUCACUUUUACUACACCAAAGUUUGCUCAAGGAGAAAUUGAAGCCAUAGUUGUGCCUGUUUGCUUAGCAUUCCUGUUGACAACCCUUUUAGGAGUAUUGUUCUGCUUUAAUAAACGAGACCUAAUUAAAAAGCACAUCUGGCCUAAUGUUCCAGAUCCUUCAAAGAGUCAUAUUGCCCAGUGGUCACCUCACACACCUCCUAGGCAUAAUUUUAAUUCAAAAGAUCAAAUGUAUUCAGAUGGCAAUUUCACUGAUGUAAGUGUUGUGGAAAUAGAAGCUAACGACAAAAAGCCUUUUCCAGAAGAUCUGAAAUCACUGGACCUAUUCAAGAAGGAGAAAAUUAGUACUGAAGGACACAGCAGUGGCAUUGGAGGGUCUUCAUGCAUGUCAUCUUCUAGGCCAAGCAUUUCUAGCAGUGAUGAAAAUGAAUCUGCGCAAAACACUUCAAGCACUGUCCAGUACUCCACUGUGGUGCAUAGUGGCUACAGACACCAAGUCCCAUCAGUCCAAGUGUUCUCAAGGUCCGAGUCUACCCAACCCCUGUUAGAUUCCGAAGAACGGCCAGAAGAGCUGCAGCUGGUAGAUAACGUAGAUGGCAGCGACAGCAUUUUGCCCAGGCAACAGUAUUUCAAACAGAACUGCAGUCAACAUGAAACCAGUCCAGAUAUUUCACAAUUUGAAAGGUCAAAGCAAGUUUCAUCAAUCAGUGACGAAGAUUUCAUUAGACUUAAACAGCAGCAGAUUCCAGAUCAUAUUUCACAGCCCUAUGGAUCUGGGCAAUUGAAAAUGUUUCAGGAAGUUUCUGCAGCAGAUGCUUUUGGUCCAGGUACUGAGGGACAAGUCGAGAGAUUUGAAACCACUGGGAUGGAGGCUGCAACUGAUGAAGGAAUGCCAAAAAGUUACUUACCACAGACCGUAAGACGAGGUGGCUACAUGCCUCAGUGAAAGACCAGUUCUUGUUACAGUUUCAGCAGUACCUGUAAAGGAAAGCUAAAAAUAUUUUAUCUGGAUUGCAGAUAAAAAUAAUCUUCACUCAGUGAUGAUGAUCAUUUGCCCUGAAGGACAAGAAUGUACUGUCCUCCCACGUGGGCUAUUUCCAUCCCAGAAAACGUGGGAUUCUACUUUAAGCACUACAGAAACUGACUUCCUCCUCUGAAUAGCUGAAUGACUUUGUGCUGUUUCAGGAUGUUUGCACUGAAGAAAAACAGAAAGCUUCUCUGAAAUUUAUAAAGUAAAACUGUUACCUAGAAAACAGAAGGUAUUUAAAUAAUAAGCAGUGAUAAACUUAGCACAGCUAUACUUAUUUGAAUGCAAAUAGUCAUCAAAUAAAGUGGCCCUAGGGAGAGAUAACAAAGAAUUAGAGGAGCAAGGUCUACACCUUACUGAUUUAUGCUCUGUCAGCUGACAACAUAAUUUUAAAAGAGGUCCAGACAGCCUAACUAUAUGUAUGAGCCUAACUUUUGUUGUCUGACCAAAAAAAGAAAAAAAUGGGGCUCAUUUAUACUCAUACCAACACAUAAAAUACUAGUUCUCUUUCAUUGGUAACGAUGCUGCCAGUUACUGGAGAAGAGGAAUCCUGGAGUUUUAACUUGGCAAAUUAAAAAUACUAAUUUUUGAAUAUUAUAUAAUCAGUAAUCUAAAUUUCCAAAAAUUUGCUAUCAUUAACAACCUCUUUGAAGGUCCAUUUUGCAAAUUCAGCAGAGUUCCCAGAUAAGAGCUAGGAAUGAAUGCCAGACUAUCUUAAACAUUUAAAAAAUUCUUUGCUAUUUAUAAAGGCUAAAAUUGUUAACAUUUUUAAUAUAAACAUUGACCUUUCUUGUUAAGAUUUCAGAGAAUUUGGUUGAUGAAGCACUUUAUACAAUGUCUUCAGCUUAAAAUGUGUUUUAAUAUGCUUUUUUAUUUUUAUGUAGGCUGAUUGAAAAUUCUUUUUUUCUAGUAGGUGUUUGAAGCAAACUAAGGUAGAAGACUUGGGCAGUACUCACCACAAAAAAAAAAAAAAAACCACAACCCAAAAAUCUACAUAUUGGUCUUAGUAAAUAUCUCAGUUACUAUUUUAAUAUCUGCCAGUUCUGAGGUAGGUGGAACUUAGUUCUACAUUGUGAUUUAGGAAUAUUUUAAACCUCUUCCCACACAUUCUGUUCUUGGGGGGAUAAAUGAGUCAGGCCUCCAGAGUUGAGUGCUCAGCCCACUUUCAAGUUUAUGCCAUCUCCCAGCCGCCACAUGUGAUGAGGAGGCAGGGGCUAAGGAUAGGAGCUGAGUAAGGAAGAAGAAAUUGUCAUAAAUCAUUAGUGGCUGAGUACUGCUAUCAAGUAAGUUUGGAGAAAUAGGUUUUGUUUUUCUGUCACUUAAGUUACAGAAAUCAGGCCAACUUAAAAUAGUUUAUAGAAGUUAGUGAAGAAUAAAAGGCUAAGAAACAUUGGUAUACAUUCACAGUUGAAAUAGAAUUCUACUCAUCAGAAUUUUGUUCACAUUAGACUUCUUGUUACACUUUAUCCUUUGUAUUCUUGCCUAAUACUUUUCAGAGUUCUUUCACAUGUAUGGUCUUUGUGAGACAGAGCAGAUGCUUUAUUGUUAUAUAUCCAGUAAUAUUUUAGGCAAAACCAACAUGAGAUUGAUAGAAUGACAGAAUGAGAAGUAUAUGAGGAAAAUUAGGCACAGAGAGAUCAAGUAGGGACAGAGCGACCCCAUACACUACAAAAUAACGGCAUCACCAUCACUUAAGUUAGUCAUCAAAGGCUGGUCCAAAGCAGCAUUAGAUUUAUCUGUUAAAUGUCAAGAAAUUUAUAACAUGUUUCAUUUCCUCAAAAUUAGUAGUCAUGUUGUUGUAAUCGUGUUUAGUUGUAACCUUCCUCAUAACAAACAGCAGUGAUAGAAGAACAUUUUAUUGUGAAGUUUGUACAUGGGAAGGAGUCAACUAGAAAAUGUGAACUCAUGAUGUUAAGGGAAUGAGAAUGAAGUCAUUUAAGAAAGGAUAUAGUAUAGAAUAAGCAAAUUUCUCUGUUGUAACUUGUACAGAACAUGGUGUGGUGAAUGAAUACCUCUCAACCACACCAUCACUUUUAGACAAAUGGAUAUGUGGUUACUGUGCAAAAAUCCAUUCAGGAAAUAAACAUAUAUUUCAUUACUAAUAUGUAAUACACAUCUUUGCCCCAAAAAAGAAAAGAAAUGAAACUUGUUUUAAGUACAAAAUAACUUUGCUAAUGCAUGUCUUGAAUAAUCUAUGUUUUGAUGCAUGUAAGUUUAAAUUGUAUUUUAGGUGGGCAAAGAAAUCCUGGUUUGUUAUGUGAUAUUUAGUCCACAUAUAAGUUAGUGAGGUAUGCACAGGCAUACGUCAGAGAGAUUGCAGGUUAGGUUCAGACCAUGGCAAUGAAGCAAACAACACAAUAAAGCAAGUCACACGAAUUUUUGGAUUUUCCCAUGUAAGUUAUGUUUACACUAUACUGUAGUGCAAUAACUGCAAUAGCAUUAUGUCUAAAAAAAAAAUCUAUAUACCUUAAUUUUAAAAAAGCUAACAGUCAUCUGAGCUUUCAGUGAGUCGUAGCCUUUGUGCUGGCGGGGGGGUCUUGCCUGGGUAUUGAUAAGAUGCAGUAUCUGUGAGGCACAGUAAAGUGAAGCGCAAUAAAACGAGGUAUGUCUGUAUUCCACAUUAUUCUUCUCUGGUUGGUUUUAAGAAAUUUCUAAACCAUACAGUUUCGAUAAUGUUGAAAUGUCAAAAUAAUAAGCUACAUAAAAAAGUUCAAUUGUUAAAAAUUAUUGGAGUGGCUUCCUAUUGUAGGUCUUGUUAGAUUCUAUUGCCUAGGUAAUCACUUAAAAUUUUUUUUGCACUUUUCUGUAAAUUAAGAGAAUAUGGAGCCAUAAAAUGGCGAGGUAUUUAGAUUUAGCCUAAAAUUGGGCAUUGUCAUUGAUUUCAAAGAAGGUAUAAACUAGCAAACUUACAGCCUAAUUUUUUGGACUGGUCCUUGACAGCAGUUCCUUUUUAGACUAAUUAUAAACUAUUCAGAUGUAGGUCAAAAUAAAAAUUCUCAAAGCCAAAUGAAGUAUCUUUUUGGACUAAUAUAUUUUUUCAUUAUAUGCUACUAGUAUGUGUGUUUAGCAUGGUGCUAGUCUAGUAUAUUUUGCAUUAAAAAUAAACAGAAGGCAGUGCUGAGUGAGCUCUUCUGUUACCCAUUUGUUCCUAAAUUUCUAAGAGCUUUUUGUAGGUCAGUAGGUCCUUCGGGUUAGUUUACCUUGAACCAGUUGUUGAAAGUUAAUAGGUCAUGAUGGAAAUGCACUUAAGGCCAGUGGUAACAGGAUGUUCCAGAUCUUUUUAUCCCUUAAACACAAGCUUUGUCUGAAUGAUAACUACAUGUUUCAAAUGCUGUUACAUGAAUACCAAAAUGUGAUGUGUCAUUAAUAAAGGGAUAUUUUAAAAGGUAGAUUGAAAAUUCCUUGUCUAAAUGUAUUGAAUAAUAUACUCUAAAAAUAAGUGUGCAAUUUGCUAGUACUGCAAUACAGUAAUUAGCAUUAGGUAUGUCUCCUCUUUAUAUCCCAGCUGUGUCCCAUUUACUUGUAAGUGCAAUCCUCUCAAGUUCACUUGCUGUUUUACCCCCACCUAUUCUAACUUCAUACAGAAGGCUUGUGUAAAGAGGGUAUUGUAUGUAUUACCUUUGUAGUGAAUUGCAUGUGCUAAUUGUAACCACAACUAUUGUUUUUAUGUUGACAUAACUCUAAAUGUUAUCGUAAAUGUUCUCCUAUAUAUCAGCUCUAAUCCUUUAAGUUUAAGAAAUAAAUUCUUGUUCACAUUUUU